UGACAGACAGAGUUUUGGUGCGUAUUUUGCAUGUAUUUUGUGCGGAUGCAUGGUAUGGUAUCGUGCUAUGUGCCGUGCGUGCGUGCGUGAUUUUCUCUGGUUUGCUUAACUUUGCGACUGUAAUUUACCUUCAUUUUUAAUAUUUCUUAAAUGUGCACUAAGUUCGUAAAAUAGACUAAUUGUCUGGAGGAAAAUGCCUGAUAAUAUGAAAUACAUUCUGGUUACUGGGGGAGUAAUAAGCGGCGUAGGGAAAGGAGUGAUUGCCAGUUCGUUUGGCACAAUUCUUAAAAGUUGUGGUAUCGAUGUAACUUCAAUUAAGAUUGAUCCUUAUAUAAACAUCGACGCUGGAACUUUCUCUCCAUAUGAACAUGGUGAAGUUUAUGUACUUGACGACGGCGGGGAGGUCGACCUUGAUCUUGGCAACUAUGAACGUUUCCUGGACAUCACACUGCAUAGAGACAAUAAUAUCACAACUGGCAAAAUUUAUCAGCAGGUUAUAGAAAGAGAACGUAGAGGCGAUUAUCUUGGGAAGACAGUUCAAGUAAUUCCUCACAUCACUGAUGCGAUCCAAGAAUGGGUCCAAAGAGUAGCUCAUAUUCCCGUGACCGCAGAGAACACUCCUCCACGUGUUUGUAUAGUGGAGCUUGGGGGGACAAUAGGCGAUAUAGAGGGCAUGUCAUUUGUGGAGGCUUUCAGGCAGUUCCAGUUUAGGGUAAAGAGGGAAAACUUCUGUUGUGCUCAUGUCUCCCUUAUACCCAUGCCAAAAUCCACUGGGGAGCCAAAAACCAAACCAACACAGUCUUCAGUUCGUGAGCUGCGAGGGCUGGGCCUGUCACCUGAUUUAAUAUUAUGCCGGUCUGAAAAACCUAUUAAUCACACUGUCAAAGAGAAGAUAUCUAACUUCUGCCAUGUUGCUCCCGAACAGGUGAUUUGUAUACAUGACCUCAGUUCUGUCUAUCAUGUGCCAUUACUGAUGGAAGCCGAAGGUGUUGUCAAAUACCUGAAUGAAAGACUCCAGCUUAACAUAUCAAUGCCAAGACCCGGAAGAUUCAUGCAAAAAUGGCGGAAUUUAGCAAAACGCGUAGAUAAUCUAAGAAAAGAGGUGAACAUAGCUCUUGUGGGGAAGUACACGAAACUGGAAGACAGCUACGCCAGCGUGACCAAGGCGCUGCAGCACGCCUGCAUCGCGUCUGGUUGCAAGCUCAACCUCACAUACAUAGAAGCUGUUAAUUUGGAGAAGCAGAUGAAAAUUGAUGAUCCCGUGAACUACCAUAAGGCGUGGCAAGAUCUUUGUAAAAGCGACGGUGUUAUAGUACCGGGUGGGUUCGGACAAAGAGGCAUGGAGGGCAAAAUAGAAGCCUGCCAAUGGUGCCGUGAGACACAAAAACCCAUGUUGGGCAUAUGUUUGGGAUUACAAGCGGCUGUCAUAGAGUUUGCGAGGAACGCCCUCAGCCUGAAGGCAGCCAACAGCACCGAAGUGGACCCGAACUGCGAGGACAAGCUGGUGGUGGACAUGCCUGAGCACCAUCCCGGCAACCUCGGCGGCACCAUGAGGCUGGGGAAGAGGAAGACUUACUUAGAACCCAGUCUAAUAUCUCGUUUAUACAACAAAGAAGUGAUAGAAGAACGGCACAGACACCGAUACGAAGUAAACCCGGAGUACAUCGAGAGACUGGAGGCGGCCGGUCUCAGGUUCGUAGGCAAGGACGAAACUAAAACCCGCAUGGAAGUGGCCACAGUGGACAGCCACCCGUACUACGUGGCCGUACAGUUCCAUCCUGAGUAUUUGUCGAGGCCGUUGUCGCCCAGCCCACCAUUCUUGGGACUUAUAUUAGCUUCCCUGGGCAAGCUACAGAGUUACAUGUCAAAAGGUUGCCGGUUCAGUCCAAAAAAUCAGUCUGACGUCAGCUCAGAUGAAGAAGACAUACUUAGUUUGAUUGACGACAGCAAGCCAGCCGAGAACGGUAACGAAAAACCAAUGAAUGGUAUUAAAAAUUAAUCUUUAACGGCAAUUAAAAUAUUGUAUUUCAAUGUAUAUGUAAUACAUUUACAUCAUUUUCGUGGUUCUUUGUUACGUAAUGUAUAUUAGGACCUUAAUAAUAAGAGAAAAGUGUUACAAUUGAGCCUCUUCCUUUUUAUAUUCUACCAUCCUUAUCAUAAGUGCAAUACUGAUGUUCUUGUCUAGAACAUACAUAUUAAAAUAUACUACCUGAUGACAUGACAAGAUUGUUUAUAAAUAAUAACAGAUCUGAACUAAGCCCUUCUCUCAUUGCAGCGUACGUCAAGAUACCUACAUAUAUAUUUUUUAAAGACCUGUAAUAUCUUUAAAUAACUUUCAAUCUAACAUAAUUACUUAUGAUAAGGACGGCAGUGUUGUGUUUACAUUUUUAAAAUUAAUAUUUUAAUUUUUAAGAAAUUAGUAUCUCGAAAUAUUAACAUCUUGAUCGGAAAGUACCUAUAGAUUUAAGUAUAGAUGAAUGGUUCCAUGGUUGGUGUAAUUCAGAUCAUUUUAUUACUAUUCAAGUAUAACUAUGAAUAGUCUGGAAUAAAGUGAUGUGUACUUAGAUGUCAUUGUUAAAUUACAUUAAAUAAUUGAUUGUGAUCAUUAAAUAGAAAUAUGAAAUGAAUGAAUGAAUAUGCUCCUAAAUGAUCAAGGCUAUAGGAACUAGGUGGUAGUAGUUUAUGCAAAUUACGGAUGCAGUGGCAUAUCUCACACCCUCACAGGGUAGACAGAGUCAAAAGUGGAGAAAUUCGAAGGCCAUAUUUGUUUAAUCAGUGGGCUUGGGUGAAAAUUUGCCGAUUUUUCUGUUUUAAAUAACUAUGUCGAGGCUGGCACCAAGCAACUGCAGCCUCGACAAAAAAUAGAUUAAAAAAAAAAACAAAAAAUAAUAACUAUGUUGACUUAUUUGCGGUCUGUUAGUGUUGAUGCGCUGAAUGUUGUGUUCUGUGAUUCUACUUGUUUUCCUUGGAAAGUAUAUUUACUCAUUAAGAAUUUUUAAAACAAGCGUAUAAUGGCGUAUGCCAAUCAAUUUCAAUAUAAGAAUGUAUAUUCUUACAUUGAAAUAGUUAUACCAGUGUAGUAAUACAGUAAUAAAUUCAAUAUUUCAAUCAGUAAUGUUAAACUUAAAGUAAGUUUCAACUAUGUAGUUAAAACUAGUAAUUUUAAGUGUAAUCGUGUCGUAUUUCUACCUAGUCAAUAUGCCAGCAUAAUAAUUCCUAACUAGUGUCCGUUACGUAUUUAUACGCUAGUUUUAUAUUCGUAUAAAUUCCAUUUCAUUAUUACCUUUAGUAAUCCAGGUACAGAAGCUGAAGAUUAAUAGUUGUUGUUCUAUUUAUUCAAAAUGUUUUUAAUAACUAGGACAACAAAUCUGCUAGUAAAACAAGUGAUAAGACUAUCAAAAUAACUGUACCUAGUCAUGAACCUAGACCAAAAUAGUAAUUUUUAAUAAUGCCCCAAGCGAUAUUGCUUCCAUUUUUAAAGCUGCCAAAUGACGCGUCAUAGUGGCAUCAAUAUUGUAAAUUUUUAAUAGUAUGUUAUUGUUAAUGUACUGCUAUGGUCCCAAUUCUACCUAUCAAACUUAGUCCAAUAUAAUUGGUAUCUAUUUCGUAAUACCAAUUUCGUGUUGAAAGAGAUAGUACUAUAUUGGAAACAUAAUUUGAUAGGUAGACUGCGUCCAUAGUUACUGGUGUAAAAAAAAAUAUUUUUAAGUUUUAAUUGAUCAUUAUUAUAUAUAAGUGCGUGCAUGUAUGAUUCUCGUUGAUUAUGUAUUUUGAAUUCAAUAUUUUAAAAUAAGUAAAAAUAAGUUAAAAGUUUUAUUUACACAUCAAGUAGAUGUGUAAAUAAAACUUAACUUAUUUUAACAACAUUUUAUUGUAUAACCAUAUGCAGAAUGAAUCUCGUAUUCUUGUUCACUCACAAAAUCUUGACUCAUUGGUAAAAUGUUGUUUUUUUAUGCAAAAUGUACUCGUUUUGUCUUGUAUUUUACUACCUUAGUAUAUAUUUAUUAAUAACAAUGUCAAAAUGGUGAUGUGUCGGCUGUUCAUUGCAUACAAAUUAGGCAUAUAUUUUUUAAUAAUAAAUAUAUAUUUAAUAAUAUUGAUAUAUCGUACUGAAAGUAUGUUGUAUUAAAGCAAGAUAAUUAUGCCAUGCUCAUAUUAUAUUUUAUGUAUGUUAGAAAAUGAUGAGUGUGUGUGUGAUACAAAAUAUAUUCUGUUAUAAAAAAGAUAUAGCUUACUUUAAUCUGAAGUAUGUUUUGUCUCUUUCUUUCAAUACCAAAUUAAAGUGCGAUGGUAACAAAACAUACAGUAUUCUUUAACUUUUUAUUAAUAACUGGGAUAGUUUUUUUUUUAAACUUAUUAGUGUAAUUGAUUCAGACUUUCAGUUUUUUAUCGUUAUGAUAUCAAAAUAUUGACUUAAAAUUUAACGCCAGAAGGUACAGCAUAAAUUAUCUAAAUUUUGAUUAUUCUAAUAUAAUUGUGUGUGCACUGUAACCACACAACCAUUCCAGUGUGACGGUCGUAAAGUUUUUAUUUAAAUAUGUUAAAACCUACUUUGAUAGACAUACAUCAUAAUAAAACAAUUGUAUAAA